AGUAAGUUGUGUAGAAGACGGUACUUCCCCUCAGUGAGCUUGAAGAUGUCGUCCACAGCAGAGACAAAUUCCACCGCCAAUGGAACGGCAGAUUCCGCUGCGGGGUUGCCUGCCCCUCCGCUGGAGCCCAUCAUUCCAGGUUGCACACCACACAAGUACUACCGUGUGCCGGACGGGCUGAAGGCUCUGCGGCGCAAGCAGAAAGUGGGGAUUAUUUUCGGCUACGUCGGUGAGUGCUACUGUGGACUGCAGUGGAACCACCUGCCGGAGUACCCGACGGUGGAAGAGGCCCUCAUGAAGGCGCUCUUUGAGACGGACAUGGUGAGCGAGAUCAACUUCUCCAGCUUUAAGGUGCAGCAGCUCCUUAACUUUGAGCGUGCCAGCCGCACCGACAAGGGGGUGCACGCCCUCCGCAACGUCGUCUCGGUCGCCAUUAUGCUGCCGUACGACCCCGCCUACGUGGAGAAGCGCCAAGCCGCGAUGCACAUCGAGCAGGAGCGGCAGCGUACAAGCCAGGCAGCUCCUCCCACCACCACCGCCGGCUCGGAGGAAAAAGAGGAUGAGUCGGAGCUGCAGACAGCAUUCAGUUGCGAGGAGGCGAAGCGCUUGCUUAACCUGGCCCUCCCUCACGACCUCCACGUGUACGCCGUGGUGCCCGUCACGCGCAGCUUCAACGCCUACCUCAACUGCGGUGGGCGUCGCUACGAGUACUACCUCCCCACGUUCUCCCUCAUGGCCCAUCGGGAGUACGCCACGGACUACUUCCCGUCUGCGCUGGCGCCGUCGCAGCCGACGCUGAGGGAGGUCGGGUUUGUGCCGGGCAAGGUCGGGAAGUGUCAAGCGGCACGGCCGAGUGCGGCACCGCUGACGGAGGAGGAGGAGGAGGCGCAGCGACGCAAAAAGCAAAACAGCGCACGCAAGAGCAAAGGACACUUUCCGAAGCGCAAGCGUGCAAGAGCCGUCGCUGUUGCGCCGGUGAAGACGGCCACGAUGGCUUCCGCAGAAGGUGCAUGCAACGUAAAGCGCGAGGAAAACGCUGUUGGCGCAAAUGACCUACCCCCAGAGACAACAGUAGAGGUCGCUGCCGACUCCAAUUCAACGCACGCAAAGGAUGCGGCGGGGGAGGAGGCGAGUGCCGGCGAGGCGGACAGCGAGGACAGCGACGCAGAGGUGCGGGAGACGCUGGCGCAGGCGGAGACGAGCACCCUGGCCGACAACUACGCUACCCAUUUCCACGAUGGCCUCUUUGAAACGAUGAUCCUCUUCCGCACCAUUCCCACCAACGUGAUGCAGCACGUGGCGCGGUACCGCCUACCAGCAGACCAACUCGAGCACACUCGCCGCCUCUUUCACGCUUAUGAAGGGACGCACUGCUACCACAAUUUCACUCCGGGCGGCCGCAGCUACGACGCCUCGUGCCACCGGUUUAUUCGCCGUGUGAGCGUCAGCGACCCCUUCGUGGUGUCGCCUGAGGAUGCGCUGCUGCAACAAAGCAUCGACCACUGGUCGCUGAACCACUUCUACUCACCAGAUGAGCGCGUGACGGCGACGUACGAGGAGUGGCUGACGGAGGCAGGCAUUACAGAGGGCCUGAAAGAUGGAGUUACCCAUGGCGAGAGCUCCGCUGAGGGAGCAGGCGUGACCAGGAAAGUUUCCGAUGCGGUCGACGCGGCUCUCCGUGACCGCAUGCGACAGCACAUCCGUGACGUCUACAAGGGCGGCAUCGAAGUGGUGCGUGUCGAGCUCGAUGGACAGAGUUUCAUGCUGAACCAAAUCCGCAAGAUGAUCGGUGCAGUGGUCUGCAUUGCAGCGACGGGACUGCCGGACACGUACAUUCAUGACGUGCUGCUGCGCAAAGGCAUUCGCCGUGGCAUUCCGAUGGCGCCGGCAAACGGGCUCUUCCUUUCGUUCUUGGACUUCUCCGGCUACAACCGUCGUCUGGAGCGUAUUCAAAACAACGGCAACAAUGGGACAGGCAAAGGGUCGCUCGAUGUCGAGCUCAACGUCAAUCCUGAAGAGGUGGAAGAGCAACGACGGCGCAUUAUUGCGGUGGUGCUGCGCAACGAAAUGGCCGAGGAUAUCAUGGGUAAGUGGAUGCGCUCGCUGCGGCACGUUGUGCGCCUGGCGUGGAAGCAUGACAUUCCCUGA